AUGCAAUCUGAAAAUAUAUUAAAGGCUAUUACCAAAGAAAGUAACGAAGGGAACGAGGCCACAAAUAUUGUAAUAUCUCAGAUUAGUUUAUUAAUUACAACACUUACAGAACAAAAUUUUAGUGAAAUAGAAACUAAGAUUAACUACACUCUAUCAAAAUCCAGCGCAUCUGUUUAUUUAAGAUAUUGGGAUAGAUUACUAGCAUACGCAGAAGCUUACAUUUUAAAAUAUAAUAAAUUAGAUACACAAGGAAAUCUUAUCCAUAGAUUACUUUUAAACUUAAUAAGAAGUUUAACAAAAAAGAAUCAAGAAUUUUUGGAAUAUCUUCGUGAGACACUGUUUGAUCAUUUACUAACUGAACAUCUCACUUUUAAAGAUAUUAUUGGGGUAUUGGAUAGCACUGCUGACAAGGAACUCAUUGACUCAUUAUUACCAGAGACCACAAUUCAGAGUCUAAAAGACCUAGAAAAGCUCAAGAUGAAUAACACUAAAUAUUUACAAACAUUUAUAUCAGGCGGUUCCGUGGAUUCUAUGGAAUCAAAACUAGACGAAAUACUCUCUUCAUUGAAUGGAGAAAGCUUGAAUGAUAUAGUUGCACUUCUUCUAUCUGAGAUUCUUUCUCCACAUUCACAAAACAUUCAGGAGGAUAAUAAACCAUCAUGGUUGACACCUGAUACAAUGCGGGAAUCAUCAAUUGUUGGUGAGCAUAUAUCGAAUUGCAUUCAAAAAGUUGCUCCUAAUGCAAUUAAUUGGAAUCGUAUUUUUAAUUUAAUGUCAACCAAAUAUUUCAUGACAACUCCAAUUAAGCCAAGAACUGCCUCAUUCAAUUCCCUAUUAACUUCCCUUAAGCAUGGUGUUCUCAUUGACCAAUUUUUCAGCUGUGAAUGGCCAAUUGAUUUUAAAUUAUUUAUUACUUGCGAAUUACAUAAAUGGCCAAAAGAUGAGGGUACAUUUGAUUUGUUGAAUGUUCCUGACACUAAAAAGGUAUCAGACAAACUUCCAAACGCAAAACAAUCGUUAUUGUAUAUAUUGUCCGUGGCGACCAUUGAUUUAGAAUUGUUUUUUUUGAGAGAGGAAUUAGAAAAUAAAACAAUGCUAACCUAUUAUCAAGAAUGCUUCUUUGAGGAUUUUAGUUACAGUCCAGAAUAUUUGUAUUUAGCAUUAGUGGACAAUAUUAAACAUUUCACUCUUUUAACCGAUAAUAAAGCAGUAAUUGAAGAAAUCAUUAUUACAUUAUUCGUUCAAGUAUUUGUCAAGACACCAGAUGUAAUGGGUGAUCUUCUAGCUAUUUUACCAUCAAAGGAUAAGAUGCUUACCGAUAUUACUAGAAUGAUAUUACAAAAAAAUGAGGUCCCUAUUGAUAGCUUUAUCAAAUUAUUAAUUGAUCAAGAUAAACUAGAGUUAGUUCUGAAUAGAGUUACUUUGGUUGAAGCAUUUUCUAUUUUACCAUGUGCAACCAAAUAUGGGUGGAAUGGUUUUAAGUCAUUCUUAAAGUCUCAUAUGAAUGCAGAUACUGCAUCGGUAGCAUUAGAUUCGAUGGAACUUCAAAUUGCUAUGACGGACGCUAAUACACCAUUCAGAACCUCUAAGGCAUUUGACCUACCAUCACUUAAUGAACUUAUCUUAUGUUUAAUGGAUGUUCCAUUGAAUACUAAAGAUUUGGAAAAAUUUGAAGAUCUUCAAUACAAGAUUUUAAUCGCAUUCCCAAGAAUUAUAAACAUUUCUAACGGACAUGAUAAUGCCAUCUUAUCCAACGGUAGUUUUACACCAAUUGCGCCAGAUGUUGAAAAAGAAAUGCAAGGUUAUUUACAAAAGAUGUACAGUGGAGAUAUUCAAAUAAAGGAUGUUGUCGAAGUCCUACGGAAAUUGAAAGACAGUGAUGAACCAAGGGAUCAAGAAGUAUUUGCAUGUAUUACACACGCCGUACUUGGGGAAUGUAACUUUUUCAAGGAUUAUCCUUUGGAAGCCUUGGCAACAACGUCGGUUCUAUUUGGUUCUAUGAUUUUAUUUCAUUUAUUAAAUGGUUUCGUUUUGGAUGUGGCUCUAAGAACUAUUUUAAAUUUUGCUAAAGAAGGUUCUGAAUCUAAAAUGUUCAAAUUUGCUAUUCAGGCCAUAUAUGCAUUUAGAAUUCGUUUGGCUGAUUUUCCACAAUAUUGUAAGGAUUUACUUGAGCAAAUUCCUGGUUUAAAUACCCAAACACAAGUCUAUCAAUUUAUUUACGACGCUUCUAAAUCUGCUCAAGUUCCAAUUCAAAAAAAUGAAGCUAGUAGUAAAACUGUUUCAGAACUACUGCCAAUGACAUAUUUUGUUUUAGACGAAUGGCACUCUGCUGUUAUACAGGAAAACCCAACUAAGGAUAUUACAGAAAAGAUCUUAUUUAUUGCCAACAAUAUUACUAUUAACAAUUUUGAUACCAAGAUUAAUGACAUCGUCACUUUAGUCACACCAAAUUUUUACACCUGGUUCUCCAAUUAUCUGGUCAAUCAAAGAGCGAAGACUGAACCUAAUUACCAUUCGUUGUAUUGUAAGAUUUUCACAGCAUUCAAAUCAAAUUCGUUACAUGAGUGUGUUAUUAAUACUACUUUGAGACAGUUGUAUGUGCUUUUAGCUGCCAAAGAUAAAUCUCAGAUAGAUAAAAAAAUAUUGAAAAACCUCUCUUCCUGGUUUGGUUUAAUUACGUUAAGUGUAGAUAGGCCAAUAAGACAUAGAAACGUGGCAUUUAGAGAGUUAUUAUUGGAGGCAUACAAGGAGGAUAGACUGGAUAUUGUCGUCCCGUUUGUUACGAAGGUUUUACAAAAUGCAGAAUCAUCAAAAAUAUUUAGACCACCAAAUCCAUGGACUUUGGGUAUUCUCCAAAUAUUACUGGAACUUAAUGAAAAGGCCAAUUGGAAACUAAGUUUAACUUUUGAAGUAGAGGUUCUAUUUAAAACAUUAAAGGUAUCUAUGAAAAGUAUACAGCCCUCCAAUCUUAUUGAAGGCCCAGAUAGUGUAGAUGUUAUUGCUGGUAAGCUAGGAAACAUUUCGUUAGAACAACAACAGGUUGAACGUCAAAAGCAAAUUAUGUUAAUGCAACAACAUCAACAGCAUAUGUUGAUGUACAGACAACGUCAACAGCAAAUGCUAUCAUCUGGUAUUACAGAACAGAAUCAAUUUAAUGUUGAUCCCCUUGGCUCCUCAUCUGCUGUUCCAAAUGUACCAUCACAACAGGUUCCAGGUAUGGCUACAGUACAGUCAAGUGAAACACCAUUCCAGAAUUUACUGGGUAAUACCGUAUUUGUUACCCAUCCGGAUCUGAAACGUGUUUUUCAAAUGGCUCUUGCAAAGUCAGUCAGAGAAAUAUUAAUUCCUGCAGUUGAAAAGGCAAGUAAUAUUGCCGUUGUGUCCACGAUAAAGAUUGUCGGUAAAGACUUUGCUACUGAAGUUGAUGAAGGAAAAUUAAAUGCUGCCGCAAUCAACAUGGUUAGACAUUUAGCACAAAGUUUAUCUCGUGCUACUUCCAUCGAACCUUUGAGAGAAACAAUAAGGACUACGACACAGUCUUUGGCUCCAAAUUUAUCCAAUUUGUCGUUCAAUCCGUUUGGUGAACUUGAUAAUGCAAUUAACGACAACAUAGGUUUAGCUUUGGUAUUGAUAGAGAAUGCCGCCAUUGAAAGAUCUGUUCAAGAGAUUAGCGAACAGUUAGUUCAGUCAAUUGCAGUUCGGAGAUAUCAUAAGGAAAGAAGGGCAGACCAACCUUUCUUGGCACCAAAUGUUAAUCCGUAUUCAUUAACUUUGCCAGAACCAUUGGGGUUGAAGAGUUCCGGUGUUACUCAGCAACAACUAAACAUAUAUAAGGAAUUCGGAAAGUAUAUCCCUAACAGUGAUGGUAUGGCACUGAACAAUGUUCCUGCUCCUCUCAACAUGAAUCAAAAUUCAGCUGUUCAAGGCUCAGAACAGUUUGCACAGGCUCAACAGCAGCAACAGCAACAGCAGCAACAGCAGCAGCAGCAGCAGCAACAGCAGCAGCAGCAACAGCAGCAACAGCAACAACAGCAACAGCAACAAAGAAUACCUCAACAACCACCUAUGGUUCAACCAGUUCAGCAACUGAAUACAAUCCAGAAUGAAUUGGAACAAAACCAUCGUGUUCUUGUGCAUUUAAUGGAUGUUUUAGUUGCUCAGAUUAAAGAAAAUUCUGGUAAAGAGUCUCUUGAGGAAUUAGGUGAGAAUAAUCAAAUUAAUAACAUUAUUUUCCAGAUUCUAACAUUUAUUGCUAGAAGCGAACAAAAAGAUCAGUUGGCAUUGAAGGUUGCCCAAGCUGUUGUGAACAGUUUAUUCGCUACGAGUGAAAGUUCGUUGUGUAGAGAAGUUUUAUCUCUUUUACUUGAAAAAUUAUGCUCAUUGUCAUUGGUUGCUAGAAAAGAUGUUAGUUGGUGGUUGAUUUACGCAUUGGACAGCAGAAAGUUUGAUGUUCGUGUAAUCAGAUCUUUACUUGAAGUUCAUCUUAUCAAUGUUUCCGAAUUGGACAAUGUGAUAGUAACUGCUAUGAUAAAUAAUAUGGAAAAUGCAGUCGAAUUUGCAAUCGAUGUUCUAAAAAGUACUGUCUUAUCGAAGGAACCAAUAUUAAUGAGAAUGGAUUUUGUACGUACUCUGGAGCACCUAAGUAAGUUAAAUGAUCCAAAGGUAAAGGAAUUUCUAAAGAAGUUCAACAACUCAGAUGUUUUGCCUGUUACAGACGGUACUAGUGUCGUUUUAAAUGAGAAAUAUUUUUUGGUCUUCACAGAGUGGGUUAAGUUACUACAAAGAGUUGAUAUCGAAGACGACGUCGUACUUGCCUUCAUAUCUCAAAUGAUGGAGAAUGGUGUUAUUACAGAUUCAGACAGUUUAAUACAAUUUUUAAAAUCAGCUCUGGAACUUUCAGUAUUUGCUUUUAAAGAAAGCGAUCCAACUAGUGAAGUUUUCACUGCCAUUGAUGGUUUAAGUAAGCUAAUUAUCAAACUAUUAGUAUAUCAAGAAUUUACCGAAUGGACUAAGUCGGACUAUAUGCAUGUUAUUUUCUCUGUUAUUUUAUUAGUUUCCUCUAAAGACCAUGAAGAUUCGACCUUUAAUGAAAGGCCAUAUUUCAGGUUGUUGUCUAAUUUGUUAUUUGAAUGGAGUACUCUUCGUGGUAAUAAUUUUGCUACUAUCAAAAACAUUGAAACAAGAAAAGAGUACCGUAAUUUCGAUAUUGAAUUUUACAAUAUAUUUGCAACCUAUUUACAUUCUUUCCAACCUUUCGCGUUCCCUGGAUUCACUUUCGCAUGGGUUUCCUUAAUUUCUCACAGAAUGUUCCUACCUAUUAUGUUAAGACUUGAAGAUAAGAAGGGCUGGAAGAAAUUAAUGAUUUUGUUAAUUGAUUUAUUUAAAUUUUUGGAUACAUACACUAAAAAGACUGCCUUAUCGGAUACUGUUUCGGUGGUAUACAAGGGGACAUUGCGUGUCAUUCUUGGUAUCUCUAACGAUCUUCCCGACUUCCUGAUUGAAAACCAUUUCGAACUGAUGAACAAUAUUCCGGCCACUUACUUCCAAUUAAAGAACGUCAUUUUGUCCACGAUUCCACUGAAGAUGGUUGUUCCAAAUCCAUACGAUUCAAUGUUAUCUAUGGAAAGUAUGGAGGAUUGCCAAACUCCACCUUCUGUAUUUUAUGACCCUGUUGAAGCUUUACAAUCCUUAAAGAAACCUAUUGACAAUUACUUACGUAUUCCAUCCAAUUCUCUGUUUAAGACUAUAUCGAGUGGCUUAUAUAGGACAGAGUAUGAUAUCAAAAAUGGAAUUGGUUUUGACUUUGUUAGUGUCGACCAGGAAUUAGUUCGUGCUAUUGUUUUACAUGUCGGUAUUGAAGCUGGUUUAGAAAAUGGUAGAACAUCAUCCAGUGCGGUAUUCAACACAAAGUCUUCGUAUUACGCCCUGCUUUUCAACAUGAUCAAUGAAGGUAUUUCUGAACUAAAGUAUCAAAUCAUACAAGUUAUGGUUGAACAAUUGCGUUAUCCAAACAUCCACACUUACUGGUUCUCAUAUGUUUUAGUAAACAUGUUUACAUCAAAAGAUUUCGCUGAUAACCUAACAGAAGUUCAAGAAAUUAUGUUAAGAGUUUUAUUGGAAAGAAUUAUCGUUAACAGACCGCAUGCAUGGGGUGUUUCCGUAUUGGUUACGAAGCUUCUAACAAAUAAAGAAGUCGAUAUAAUGAAUCUUUCAUUCAUGAAGACUGUACCUCAAAUAGAGACAAUAUUUUCACAAUUGAAAAAGCAUACGUCAAAUAAUAUUACAGUAGAUUCAAAAGCUGAUGUUUCUGGCGGGAAUAAUGCAUCUAUAGCCGCCAAAUGA